AUGCUCACUCCGCAACUACUCGCCUCGUUGAAUGCUCAACAGUUGCACGCCAUGAAAAACAACCCACAGUUUCAGGAAAUGAUUAGACAGUUUAAACAGCGCCAAGAGGCAAUGCAACAACAGCAGCAGCAGCAGCAAGGGAAAAGUAUGUUGAGCAAUAUUCAGCAACAACAACUGCCGCAUGGUUUGGACCAAAUGCACCUGGGGCCACCAACUUUUCAACAAGAUCCUUCGAUGCAAAUGAGCCGAGAACAAGCUCUUAGACAACAACAACAGCAGCAGCAGCAGCAGCAGAUGCUAAUGAACCAACAGCACAUGGUCAACCCGAUGAACCAAAAUUUAGCCCAGCAGCAAACGAUGCCAUUGCAGUCGCCGCACCCAUCCCAACAACCUCAACAACAACCUCAACAGUCGCAACAAUCUCAACAAUCCCAAGAGGCUCCUUACAAAAGAGGUGUUCCGAACCAAGUCUCCCCUCCAACAGUCAGCGCGCAGAAUAUGGGUAUUCCAGGAGGCUUGCCUAUGAACAAAAUACCCAGCCGAAUGCCCUCUAUUCCAGGUGUCCCGGCUGUUGUUGGUGGAGCCAGUGCCAGCCCCAGCAUGGGUGCAAGCGGAAUACCCACUGGCAUCAAUAUGCCCAUGGGAAAUAUGAAUGCAACACCAGCUCCAAAUAUGAGUCCCGGAAACCAGCAGAUCCCACCGAACCAGUUUAGUCGAUAUCCGCAAUUGCAACAAACCAAUCCAAAUGUCAAUUUGAGCUUCCCCGCGGUUCCGCCCAGUGCUCAGAAUUUGUUGAGCAAAGUGCCAAUGAAACAGUUGGCUAGUUUUGAUGAAUGGUCGAAAAAAUUAAAGCUGCAAGGCAAACCUGUUCCAUUGGAUACCGAAGUUUACGAGACGACGAUCCAGAAGGACGCCAUGUUUUUGGCUAACCACGCGCGGCAGUCUCACGAACAUAAAAUCGAAGUGGAGUCGAUGAACAAGGACUUGCAGCAUUAUAACCAGAUCAAGCAACUUCGAAUGAACUCGAUCCAAUUGAGUGCCAAGAACCAGAUGAACAAUAGCAUCUGGGGUGAAGGGUAUCAGGGCUACGGGAACGGCAUCACGAACGCCAUGACAAAGUUGAUUCUACCAACACGAGACUACACCGACAAUGCCAUCAACAGCCGCGUUAUGCUGCAGGAUAACCUUGCCAAGAACUAUAUCCCAAUACGGCUUGAGUUUGACCAGGAGAGGGACCAAUUUAAAUUGAGAGAUACAUUCUUGUGGGAUUUGAACGAGACAAUUCUCACUGUGGAGGAUUUCACGCAGCAGUUGUUGGAAGACUACAAGUUUAUACCUCGAGUCCACUACCACACGAUAGUGUCCGUUAUCAAGGAGCAGAUUGCCGAAUAUCAACAAAAGCCACUCAAAACAGUUGGCGAGCUCCGGAUACCAAUCAAGAUUGAUAUCAUCAUCAACAACACCCAACUAACGGACCAGUUUGAAUGGGACAUCUUGAACUCGGAAGAAGGCGACCCUGAAGAGUUUGCAAGUUGCAUGUGCGACGAGCUCUACUUGCCCGGUGAGUUUGGAACCGCUAUUGCACACAGCAUCAGAGAGCAGACCCAGAUGUAUUUGAAAGCGUUGAAUGCCGCGGGCUGGAACUAUGACGGGACUCCCAUUAAUGAUGAAAACAUUCGCAGCCAUUGCUUACCGGCGUUGAGACUAGUGUCCAAGGACUACCAAAUGGUGGAUGAUUUUUUCUCGAUAUUGCGCAACCCCACCACUGUGUCCGACUUUAGCCCGCAGUUGAUCAAGCUCACGGAGUUGGAAGUGGAAAGGAUGGAUAAGGAAUUGGAGCGAGAAAGCCGCAGAAAGAGAAGACACAACUACAACGAAGAUGUGCAACAGGCAAUCGGAAGCGGAGGUGUCUUUAGCGCAAGCAGUGCCAGCACAUUUGGACCCUUGGGAUCCGCCAGCACGGGAAGCGGUGGCUCGAGAGGAUUCACCUCGUCGAGAAGAACGGCGGCACACACGGGCAGAGGCACCUCCAUGCUUGAUUUGUCGGACAUCCCCAAGACGUUCAGGACCCCGGCACCUUCGAGUAUUUUGCCUGGUGCAGUUGACCUCGGCGUAUCUGAAAUCUACGAGUACGACGAGGUGUUUGUCAACAAGACGCAAAUCCCCAAUCCGGAUUACAAACCGCCAACUCCGGAACCUGUUUCUAAUGACUUGGUGACAUAUCAUCAUGACCCCUUGGAAGGCACAUUCAAUGUCACAAUCCGGUUGUUGGAUUGA